UACGUAUUUCUGUAAAUUUAAUCAAACAAAUGAAAUCUAAGUAGAAAUUUAUUUCAUCCAUUGAAUAUUAUAAGAAGGACCAUACGUUGGAUAUUUUGUAUAUUAUGUGCAUUUUUGUAAUUUCAAAUUUUCUAUGUAAAAGAACAAAAAUUCUCAACUUAGUUACUUUAAUCAUUCACGUUGUUAACAGUUCGUUAGUUUAUGAAAUUUAUCUUAUUUUAAUUACUCUAAGAAAUUUGGUAACGUGGGUGACUCAUGACUAGCGCGGUGGUUAACGUGUUAAGAAGAAAAUAGACGGAAAAUUGUAAAAUUUGAAAGUUUAGGAAAGAAUAGGAAAUCAAAGAAUAGAAUUGGUGUGUUUCUAAGGGAUAAAAGGAAAAAAGAAAGUGUAUAAAGGAUAAAGAAGUAAAAUAUACAAAAGAAAAGAAGAAAGAAUUAUAUAAUUAAGGAAAAUGACAAUAUCGAAUGUAUCUUUCGAGUUAUCGAUAUCAAUAUCAGGACGUGUCAAUCGACACGAUUAAAAAAUUCAAUUAAAUGGUAGGCGAUUAAAUAGCUACGUAGAGAUAUUAGAUUUCAGUAUUUGCAAAAAGAUCUAUUGUCGAUGUUCUUUACUUUUGAAAUGACAAAUGACCUAAUGCGAUCAAAUCCUGUGGGUGAUAUAAAAGAGCUUGAUAAAAGUUGAGAGAGCAGUGAUCUGGCUCACGGCUUCUAAUACAGGUGGCUUUUUGGACAGUACUAUCGUUGAAGUUAGACAAAUUGAAGAUUCUACCAUUAUGCAUCGAUUAUGUUAUAUUACCAUGUUUGCAGCUGUAGGAGUGUUAGGGAUGGAUUCUUACGAUCUCUACAAGAAGUGCAACAGAAGUUUUCAGGAGUUAAAGAAACUGGAUGUCACACAGUAUCAUGAUCCUAGAUAUCAUCCUCCCCUGGGGCAGGACCUCUUCUAUCUACCUGAAGAAGAAUAUAUCGAAAAGCUUGAGAACGAAAAGCAGCAACGGUCCCUUAAUAGAGACAAUAGAAAUUCAUUGCCUGACUAUCAUAGUCUAUGUGAAACUGUUACGGAAACAGUGCGGCUAGAUGAUUCUGAGUACGAGUACCAACCGCCUGUUUAUCACGAAGUUUACUGUAAAAGUUACAAUUUGCUAGAUAGCUUGCAACGCGCCACGAAUCCAUCGAAGCAGAAAUGCGUGCAUAAUGGCUUUCAUUGCGUACAAAGAAGUAAAAGCUUGUUAUUGGUAAGACGGCGAUGGGAGAACGAAUGUUGGGAACCUUUCGUCAAGCAGAUUGCCAGUGGUUGUGAUUGCAUGUGGCCAAAAUCUGCCCUAGGAGAUAUAACUAAUCAUUACUAGUCUCCAAUAGUCUAUGUGUAGUCCAUAGGUGAAGCAGGAAGGUUAACGAUUAAGGAAAGGAAAGAUAAAUUUUUCUGGCAUCACAUUUUAAUCCAUUAAUCACUUUGCAGCGGUGCAGAAGAUAGAAUCAUUAUGUAUAUUAUGAAUUAUAUGUAAAUUUGUGAUCUAUAUUAUUUGUUAGUUAAAGUUGUUUAUUUCAUUGUUUUCCUUUUAUGUAACUAUAAGUGCUUAACAAAAUAAAAACGAUUUUUUGUUCUUUUA